AUGAUCACUAUUGUUCUUUCAAUUAAAGCAUCAACUGUACCUAUUAGCAAAUUAACAUUGCCUCCUAAAUUGGAACUUCAACCACCAGAAAAAGUAUGGUUCCAAAAGUCUUUCUUUGAUUAUAAUACCUCAGAUAGUCGCAUUCCUAUUAAUAGAAUUACACUUUAUUGUCAUGGAUCAAAUAAACCAGACUUUUUUGAAUGGAAAAAAGAUGAUAAAGUUUUAAAUAUUGAUGGAAAACAUAUUCAAUGGCAAAAAGAGAAACAAUCAGGUACUAUAAUAAUAAAUGAUCCAACAGCAGAAGAUGAAGGAUAUUAUCAAUGUUCAAUGUCAAAUUUUUUUGGUACAGCAUUAACUAAUAAAGUACAUGUUGUUAUGGGAGCAUUGGAUCAUUUUGCUCCAUCAAAUAUAAAACAAAUUGAGGUAAAUGAGGGUGAUUCUCUUACAAUUCCCUGUAAUGUACCAUAUGGAAAUCCAAAACCAUCAAUUUUUUGGUUAUAUAGAGAUACAAAACUUAAUUCUGUAAUUGAAACAAUUAGAAGAAAACAUAUUUCUGUUGAUUUAGAUGGAAAAUUACAUUUUAGUUUUGUUGAACGUCAUGAUGGAAGAAAAAAUUUAAUUUAUCAAUGUGCUGCAACAUCACCACUUUUACAAGGAGAAUAUCGAGCUGGUGAUGAGGUUCAAAUUACUGUUAAAGCAAGAACUACAACUAAACCUAAACCUAUCCAUUUAAUGUAUCUAUCACCAUCAGAAAAUAUUGUUAAAGUUGGUGAAAAAUUAAAAUUAAUGUGUAUAUUUGGUGGAAAACCAUUACCAGUUAUAGUAUGGCAAAAACUUAAUGAAAAUGAUAAAUGGAUUGAUAUAAAAAGUGAUGAAAUAGAUAAUGGUAGAAGUUUUAUUAUUGAAAAUUCUCGUCCAUCUGAUUCUGGUUAUUAUAGAUGUUCUUCACAACAUAUUAAGCAUGACAUGAAAGUUAUUGUUACAACAUCACCAUAUUGGAUUAAUGAACCACCAAAAGAUGUAAAUGAAACUGAGGAUAGUACUGCUGAGUUAACAUGUAAUGUUUCUGGAUUUCCACAACCAAUAAUAAGAUGGUAUCAAAAUGGUUUCCCAAUACAUAAUAUAGAUGAUGAUGGUAGAAAAAUGAUAUUAGAUAAUGGAAAACGUUUAAGAAUAUAUGAUCUUCAUCAUGAUACAGAUACUUCUGUUUAUCAAUGUAAUGCUUCAAAUAUAUAUGGAUAUGUUUAUGCAAAUGCUUAUAUUAAUGUAGCAGCUCAUGCACCAAUAUUUCGUAUGCCAAUAAAACGUGUUUGGAAAGUUAUCCAAAAUAGUAAUGUUGAUAUGAGUUGUGAAAUUGAUGUAGCACCAGAAGCAAAUGUAAAAUGGGUUGAUGAACAUGAUCAAGGAAUAAAAAACAUUCCUGGUAAAUUAAAAAUAUUUUCAAAUCAUACUUUAAGAAUAAUGAAAAUUAAUUCAGCUGAUGAAGGAUUAUAUUAUUGUAAUGUUAGUAAUAGAUAUGGUAUUAAUAGAGCAUCUAAUAAAUUAGAAGUUUUUAAUCCAACAUAUUUUAUAAGAGUACCUUCACCAAAAAGAUUAAUUGUUGAGGCUAAUGAAACUAUAGAAUUAUUUUGUGGAGCAAUAGCUGAUUCUAGAUUACUUAUAGAUUAUGUUUGGACUCAUAAUGGAAAACCAUUACAAUUAACAACAACAACUGAUACAAAUGGUGUAAAUCGUUUAAGAAUUGAUAAUGUUAGAGGUAAAGAUUCUGGAAAUAUUGAUUGUGCUGCUGUUACUGAUGUUGAAGUAAAAGUUGUUGGAAUUGAAUUAUUAGUAAGAGAUAUUCCUAAUCCACCUAUUAUUCAACAAAUUACAUGUGAUGAUGUAGUAGCAUCAAUUAAUUGGAAAAAACCAGCAGAAAAUGGAGAUGAAAUUAAAAAAUUUAUAAUACAAUUUUGUACAUCAUUUGCACCAGAUAAUUGGACAACUGCAUAUGAAGAAUUUAAUACCGAACAUGAUCAUUAUUUUACAAAAAUUAGUCUUUCUCCAUGGGUUGAAUAUAAAUUUAGGGUUAUUGCUAUAAAUUCAUAUGGAGAAUCAGAACCAGGAUAUCCACCAGAAACAGAAUGUAAAACAAAACCAACAAGACCAUACAUUAAUCCAGGAAAUGUUUUUGCAGAAGGAAAUGAACCAAAUAAUAUUGUAAUUUAUUGGGAUCCCAUAGAUAAAUAUGAUUGGAAUGGUCAAAAUAUGAGAUAUCUUAUAAGAUAUAGAAUUAAUGAACCAGAAAAUGAAUGGCACGAAUUUAUAGUAGAAGAUCCACUUGCUAAUAAUACAAUAAUUAGAGAUCAACCAACAUUUAAACAGUAUCAAGUUCAAGUUAAAUCUGUUAAUGAUAUUGGUGACUGCAUUAUUGAACCAGAUAUUAUUAUAGGUUAUUCUGGUGAAAAUAUACCAAAAAAUCCUGUUACUGGUUUAAGAGUUAAAAAUAUUUUUAAUCAUUCAUCAGUUGAAAUUUCAUGGGAUCCAUAUCCUAUUGACAAUGUAAGGGGACAUUUUAAAGGAUAUAAAGUUUUUUAUUGGGAUAUUGAUAAAAAGGAUAAAAAAUUUUCUAAAGACAUUUCAAAUAGGCAAUUUAGUUAUAUUAUUAAUGAUUUAAAAGCAAUUACAAAUUAUAAUGUAUCAGUUAAAAUUUCAAAUAAACAUUAUGAUAGUGCUGAAAGUGAAAUAAUUUCAUUUUCUACACCUGAAGGUAUUCCAACAAAAGUUCAUAAUUUUAAAGUUCGUGCUGUUGGAUUUAGUAGUAUACUUAUAACAUGGGAUCAACCACUUCAAACAAAUGGAAGAAUUCGUGGUUAUUUUAUAACAAUUCAACAAUCACAUAAUGGUGAAAUAGAAGAAACAUAUGUUCUUCAUAGACAAACAUAUUAUCUUCAUGAACACCUUCUUCCAGAUACUCUAUAUAAAGUUGCAGUUUGGGCAGAAACAUAUGGAGGUGAAGGACCAAAAAUUAUUCGACCAAUAAAAACUUAUCCAUUAUCAGAUCCUGAUAUGCCUGAUUUUGAUUUAACAAAUAAAGGUUUAGGUUAUGUUGAAGUAAAAUGGAAACAUUCAAAUAAAUCAUAUUGGGGAAUGUCUGGUUCAUCAUUUAAUGUUGAAUAUACAAUAGAUCAAGAGGGUGAAUGGAAAGAAUCACCAACAAUAAGUCUUCCUCAUGAUACUAUAUAUUUAGAGAAUUUAACUGAAGAUGUUGAAUAUUUUGUUGUAGGCGUUUCAAGAGAUGGUGAUAGAAUUAAAAAAUCAUUACCUAAAAGUAUUAGGACAAGAGGAAGAUCUAAUCUUUCACAUAUAAAUAGAGAAAAUUUACAAAAAGCAAUGUGGUUUAUAGCAAUUUUAAUUGCUUUAUUUAUGUCACUUUUUACAUUAUGUUGUCUUUGUUAUGUUACACAAAAAAGAAGUGGAAUUUAUUCAGUUAAAAAAAGAGAAAUUGAAAAAGGACAUACAAUGUUAACUGAAUCUGAAUAUGCAAAAUUUUUAGAAUGCCAAUUUGGAACAGAUCAACGUUCAAAUUCAAUGCAAAAAGUAAUUGUUACAUAA